AUGAACCUACUCUUUGGCAGAAAGGGGGUUCAUAAUCCAUUUUUUGGGGAGUGGGAUGCUGGCUAUCAAUCCCUGGGAGGAGUGGGGGAGGGGAAGGAGACUGGAAAACCAGAAGGAGCAAAACCCCUACGCAAAGGGAAACAUCUUGCUGCUGAUCCUAUACGCAUCCACCCCCAAGGCAACCUGGAACGGAACAAUUGGUGCGACAGGCACAAUACAAUUCACAGGCGUUUAGAUAACAUCCAAGAGCAAGUAGAAAAAACCAUUUACCACCUUGAAUCGGAUGUGAAGUCCUUACUCAGCGCUGUAAAUGAAAUUCCGUGGAAUGUCCCUCUUGUUCCUGGAACACCGCUCGUGGAUAUUUUUGAAGAUCCCAGCUGAAUUUCAUGACAACGCAGGGAAAAGCCCAGUACGUGUACAUGCCUCCCAUUCUUUGUUCCAUAAUUUUUAAAAACUAAAAUGGUAUAUUUUGUCUCGGACAAUAUUUCGUAGCACAUUCCUGCUAUGGACAAUAUUUCGUAGCACAUUCCUGUAAGUUGUUCAGUAAAAGUCACUAACGAUUAAAAACAUAAUA